AUGAAUGACGUUAUUAUUCAAUCAGGUUAUGUGUAUAAUAAGGGCAAUGAAGAAAUCAACGUAACACUUUUGUGUGAUGGAGUAGAAGUUAGGGUUGCACAUAUACCUCCAAAAUCUGCAAGAAAAUAUCCACCUGGAUAUAACAACGUGGAAAUAUCUGUAGUAGACAAAUGCAAUGUUAAUGAAAACGAAUUUAAACCAUACUCAAAUGACUUAUGCGGCAUAAAUUUCAGUAAAGAGAUACAUAAAUUGAAUGUUGCAAAAUUAAAUUAUACAAUUAACGAAAAAACAUAUAGCAUCGACAUGAAACUAGAAAUUAAACAAUUUUUAAUGUAUGGUUACUUCUCUUACGAAGAUGUUCAUAAUACAAUUCGAAUUGAAUACGAUCAAUCUAAAAAGACUUCAUCAGCAACACUUUAUACCAGUAAAUUUAAAAAAAUCUGCUUAUCAGGAACAAUUGAAUCAACAAAUCAAACUUCAAAAAUAAUUUUGCUUUCAUCAGAGAAUUUAGCUGUCCAUAAGUUAGAAAUAGACAUCGACAAUGCAAAUGAUCAAACGCCUAAUAUUAAUCAAAAAUUAUCAGGAAAAUACAUUGGAUAUUCUAUUUUCGGAUUAGGAUACACACAAACAGAUUUCGAGCUUCAAUCUUAUGAAAAUUCAUUAAUACAUUCAUUUGGAAUAUUUAGAUUAAGACAAACAGAAGGUUUUGGAUAUUUCAAUCAAGAAGAAAAUAUUUUCAUGCUAGUUUUCACAACUUCAUGUCCAUACACAAUUCUUGUUGGAAAAUUAGAAGAUUACAAUGAAGAAGAUCAACAGAAUAUCGUUAUUGAAGGAGAAGCGUAUUUUGAUCAAAGAGCUAACACAUUUACCAUUAUGAAAGCAGACUAA